GCGGCGCCCAUUGAGACCCAAAGGGCCUGCAGUCCCCUUUUGCAAGUCCUCGCCAUGGCGGCCACCGCCCGGCCCCGGCCCUCGCCCGGCUGCAACAGUGCCGUGUUCUUGGUGCUGGCGGUGGCUCUCUGCGCCCUGGUUCCCGUCCGGACGUCCAACCCUCUCUCCCCUGCCGCGCCCGCCACUGAUUGCGCCGGCAAGGGGAAGGCGGGCAGCAACUGCUCAGAGUUAAAUGUUAAGGAACUGGAUGUGAAAGUAUGUGAUGAAUCAUCAUGUAAAUAUGGGGGUGUUUGCAAGGAAGAAGGAGAGAGUUGGAAAUGUAUAUGCCAAUUACAGUGUCACACGAAUUAUAUUCCUGUUUGUGGUUCAAAUGGAGACACCUAUCAAAAUGAAUGCUUUCUCAGAAGAGCUGCUUGCAAGCAUCAAAAAGAUAUAACAGUGGUUGCCAGAGGUUCAUGUUACUCAGAUAAUGGCUCUGGAUCAGGAGAAGGAGAGUAUGAAGGAUCUGGGACAGACGUUCAUAGAAAACAUUCCAAAUGUGGAGUUUGCAAGUAUAGAGCUGAGUGUGAUGAAGAUGCAGAAAAUGUUGGGUGUGUAUGCAACAUAGACUGUAGCGGCUACAGUUUUAACCCUGUUUGUGCAUCUGAUGGAAGUUCCUAUAAUAACCCAUGCUUUGUUCGAGAGGCAUCUUGCCUGAGACAGGAACAGAUCGAUAUCAGACACCUUGGACAUUGCUCAGACUCCGAUGACUCCAGCUUAUUGGGGAAGAAGGAUGAUGGAAUGCAGUAUCGGCCAGAUGUGAAAGAUGCAAAUGAUCAAAGAGAAGACAUCUAUAUUGGAAAUCAUAUUCCUUGCUCCGAUAGUUUUAGUGGCUACUGCAUCCAUGGGAAAUGUGAAUUCAUUUAUUCAACACAGAAAGCUUCCUGCCGGUGUGAAUCUGGAUACACAGGACAACAUUGUGAAAAAACAGACUUUAGUAUACUUUAUGUUGUCCCGAGUAGACAAAAGCUCACUCACGUCCUUAUUGCAGCAAUAAUUGGAGCUGUCCAGAUUGCCAUUAUAGUUGCGAUUGUUAUGUGUAUAACCCGGAAAUGUCCCCAAAACAACAGAGGACGUCGGCAGAAGCAAAAUCUAGGCCACUUUACUUCAGAUACGUCAUCCAGAAUGGUUUAGCGUGAUUUUUUAUACCUACAUUGACCAUGUGAUGUACAAUUUUAUUAACUUUUUUUAAAACAAUGGAAAUAUUUAUU